CAAAGUGAUCAUGAAUUAACAGUUAGAACACCUCGUCGAUGCUUUUUUCAACAAAUAUUCUUUGUCUUUGCCGUAUAUAUUUCAACAUGUUUAGAAUGACAACGCAGGUGGUGGAUACUAGAGCGUGCUUGAUUAUGUGUCUGUUUCUGGCUAGUACAUACACCCAGGCUCAAGAAGAUAUUGACACAGAUGAAACAGAUCUGCUGGAUUACACUAUUGGUAAUUAUGUAAACAAAAUGGCCGACGGAUCUUGCCUGAUAUUGACCAAUUGGAGAAAUCGUAUCAAUCAACCUUGGCUGUUUUAUAACCACACUGAGGAGUGUUCCGGUGGAUCACAAACAAUUUGUGAGAUGAAAAGACCUGUCACAGGAUGUCCGCUUACCUUUCGGGACAUUGAAAUACAAAACAGUUGUUAUAAGGUUGAAAGAGGUUGGCGUCCACACGACAGGGCAAACGCCUUGUGUCAGUAUCUUCAUCCCAAUGCCAGAUUGGUCCACGUGAGCACGCAAGCUGAGAUGUACGCAUUGGGAAACGAAUUAUCCAUGUCAAAACAGACUAGAUGUGGCGGCACCGCUGAAUUUACGCAGGGCCUUGUGGAACCACCAGAUGCAUAGAAGUACUAAAAAACCAAGUCUUCAUUGCUAGAAAGCACGAUUACCAAUAGUAUGAUGGAAACUGUUUUUACAAUACCAAUACCAUAUCAAUUAAGUUGAUUAAGUACUGAUGCCGUUGUCAAACUGUCGUGUCAGUUCAAAAAGCAUAACAUAGACUCAUGUAAAAAUGGAAUAGUGAAAAACUGACUUGAGAUGCACGCUGUGUCGUAAAGGGCAAACUGAGAAAAUAGAACAUUUAUUGUUCAACUUCAACGGCUGCAAAAGGACUGAACACUGGACAAUGCGCUACUAUAUCUAGUACUGUAGUUUUAAGCUAUGCAUUGUGCUCUGACUGUGCGUGGGUGUAUUUAAACUUGAAAUAAAGUUUUUUCACAAAUUUUGUAAUAAAUAUAUACAUAUUUAUUUGACUUUAUCAUUGUAACGCUUGUUAGAUAAAUAAACC